AUGUUUUCAAAAGCAAAGCGGUUUGAACCACUCGCACCGGAGUCCUCUAAAAAGUGUCAGAAUAAACUGAUAAAACCAGAAAAUGAGAAACAAAAAGUUAAUACAAAAGCUGCCACUACAGUGGUCAAACCGAAACCAUUUGUUAUACCAACAUCUUCCAAGAUCCAUUCUGAUGUGCAAUCUCAAUGCAGCUCCGUACACAGUGUCCGGUCAUUUGCUACUCCAAAGCCAUUAAAAACAACAAUCAAAGCUCCUACCAGCUUGAAGAAGAAGAAUGACCAACCAAAUACUAAGAUCCAGAAUGAAACUGCAAAGGAACUGAUUAAAUCUCAGGAAGUAGAAAUAAGGAAUAAGGAUCACACCAUUGCUGAAUACACAAAACAAAUUGAAGAAUUUAAACAAACCAUUGCUCAACUGGAGAAAGAAGUAAAAGAAGUUAGACAAAAUAACUUUAACAACUUGGACAGCCAAUUUUCACAGAUCACAAUAGAAGAUUUGGAACUGCAACAAGAUCAAAUAGAAACAGUAGUACAAAAUGGUGAUAACUAUUUAAUUAAUCAAAUGAAUAGCAAAAUAUAUGAAUUGGAGAAACAAUGUGAAAAAUUAGAACAAGAAGUCACUGAUAAGCAAUUAGAGCUGAGAUCAGUUGAAGAAAUUAUCACUAUUAGAGAUAGUUUAUGUCAAGACCUGCAACUAAAAUUAACAAAGGCUGAAACAGAUUUAGAAGAAACUAUUCAAAGACUUGAAAUGGUAAAAGGACACCAUGCUCUUGCUUUAGAAGCAAAUGAGAGCAUCCGACGUGAAUACAAAGCAGAGCUGGAAACUUUAAAAUCUAAAUUGGAAGAGGAAAAACAAGCAAUCUUAAACAAGUCAAAGUCAGACCAAGAAAAUCUAAAAUCAAAUUAUAAAUCGCUAAUAGAAUCAAUUAAAUAUCAAAUAUUAAAAGAAAAGGAUGAAGCAGUACAGGAACUCCAUCACGAAUUAAUCAGUAAGGACAAUGAAAUGAAAGCUAAAAUAGAACAAAUCAAUGAAGCAACUCGGGAAAAGUUACGACUUUGCGAGAUACAGUUUGAAGAACGGACUAGAAGCAUUCAGGAUGAUUGCACACAACAGCAGAGUAAAAUUGAAUACCUAGAAAAUGAAGCAAGGGACUUAAAAUACAAAAUAACUAUAUUAGGUGAAGAAAAAAUGAGCCUCCAAAAAGAAAUUAAUAAUCUGAAAAACGAAAAUGACUCCUUAAACAAAGAAAAACAGGUUCUCAUUGAAGAAAGAGAUGAGUUAAAAGAGGAUGCUAAGAAGAAGCUCAUAGAUUUUGAGAAUGAAAAAAAUAAACUAACAGUUGAGGUGGACAAGGCAAUAAAGGAUAAGAACAAAUUUGAAACAUCUUUGUCAGUAACUAGAGAUAUUGUUGAAGUUUUGACUAUGAGAUUGAGGGAAUCUGAUAAUGAAUUGGAACACUUGGAAGAAAAAGUACAAACACUAAUGAAUACCAAGGAAAUUUUGGAAAAUGAACUCGAAAAUUAUAAGACCACUCUAAACAACACUGCAAUGGAAUGCAAUGAGUACAAGGAGGCUUUAGUAAAUAUAUUAAAAUCCAAAGCAGCUUUAGCCAAGGAGCACAAUCGCAUUAUGGAACACAAUGUUUCAUUGAUAGAAAGCUUACAAAACGUAGAAAAAGAAGCCUAUCGUGAACUAGGCACUAUCAAGAAUGAGCUAAUAGAAGAUGUAGAGCUGUUGAAAAAAGAAUCAAAUUCGCAAAUUCAAUUACUUCGCGAGGAGGUGGAGAAGAAACGCAAGCUGUGUGAGUUGGCUACUGAACAUGCAGGGCAGGCUACAGCUGCAGCUGAACAGUCACGAGCACUGCUUGCGCAGGCCGCAGCCGAAAUCAACCGACUUGAGACUGAAAACCAAUGCUUACAACAACAGAUUCAGGACCAGCAGUCUCUAGUGGUUGAGUUAUCGCUGCUACGUCAAGAAAACGAGGAAUUAACAAUGACAGUAGCAAAACAGUCUUCAAUUAUUGACAAAAUGAAGAAGGACUCUGAACAAUUACUGUAUAAACCUAAAUCACCUUCACUACUACGAAAGUCGUCUAAAAUUGGAAAAGAAAACUUGCAGACCAUUAUAUCUCCGCUACGUGAACGUAAUCAUUGA